GAGUUAGAAGUUGCUGUGAGCCGUGUGACCUCAUGGCACUCUACCCGAGGGCAGUACAGUAAGACUCUGUCUCUACAAAAAAAAAAAAAGAAAGAAAAGCUGUGUUCUGGGCACAGCCAGCCUCAGGUGAAGCCUUGAGGCAGGUGAGAAGGAGGGAUGUUAGAACAUAAAGUUUAGAGCGGCUGGAUGUGGAGGUGAGUGGAUUUGUUACAAGGUCAGUUGCUAAAGCAGAUAGAGUGAGGGCUGGUAAGCCAUUUUACAGAAUGCGGAUUUUAUUUUUAUUUAAUUUACUUUUAGACAGGGUCUCACUCUUUUACCCAGGCUGGAGCAUAGUGGUGCAAUCAUAGCUUAUGCAGUCUCCAAGUACUGGCUCAAGAGAUCCUCCUCUUUCAGUCCCUUAAAGUGCUGAGAUUAUAGGCAGGAGCCAAUGUGCUUAGUUAGCAUGUGCGGAUUUUAUAACCGGGCCAGUGAGAAGCCUCUGAAGGGUUUCAGGAGUGAAGACUGGAAGGCUGGUGAGGAGAGAGGAAGGGAGGGAAGAGAAGAGAGAGAGGAGAGAUAGUAGAACAGACUGUGGGGCAGUGGCAACAGAAAUGGAGGAAAGUGAACACAAAGAGCUGUUGGGAGGAAGAAUGACAGAUCUGGUGACACUGAUGGAGGGGAGGGCUGCCUGCUGGGAUGGGGGUCCUGGGGAAAGCUAAAUGCUUGCUCUAUUUGGGACAAGUUGGGCAUGAUGGGAUACCCUUGGACAGAGGGUGAGGGCAGCUGAUCUGUAGUUCUGAGUUGAGAAGAGGCAAAGCAACAGAUCAUACAUUAACAGGUGGGGGUGGUCCCUGGGAGAGGUCCUGAAGUACACCAACAGGAAAAGGGACAGCCCAUAGAGAAAGGAGGAAAACCAGGAAAUUGGGAAGCCAGGGGAAUACCCACCUGCUGUAAUGGAGGCUGCAGAUCAGUUAAGACUAAGGAGUGUGCCCUGGAUUCUCCUAAAAUGAGGUCCGAGGUAGGGACUCGUCCUGGAACAUGAUGGGAAUAGCACAAAGCUGUACCUCAGGAGGCAGUGGGUGGUGAGACAGUGGAGAAAGCCAGAGUAGAGGACUCCUGACUAGUCUGUGGCCAUAAGGAUUGGCAUUUUAAGGGAGAACAUUGGUGGGAAGAUGCCCUCAAUAGGAGUAGACACAGCCCUUGGGAAAAGAAUGGUGCUGAGUAGGAUGGGAGCUGUCUCCAGUAGCCUGUUCUCAUAGACACUGGGGGGCGGCGGGGGGGGGUGCUGUCUACUCCAAGUUUCAUGACAUGGGCUUGGACCCAGAGACUCUGAGUCUUCAGAAAAAAAGAGAUGAUGGCUCGGCACCCAUAGCACAGUAGUUACAAGUGCCAGCCACAUACACUGAGGCUGGCAGGUUCAAACCCGGCCUGGGCCAGCUAAAACAACAAUGACAACUGCAACAAAAAAUAGUCAGGCAUUGUGGCAGGUGCCUGUAGUCCCAGCUACUUGGGAGGCUGAGGCAAGAAAAUCAUCAAGCCCAAGAGCUGGAGGUUGCUGUGAGCUCUGAUGCCACAGUACUCUACCCAGGGUGACAUAGUGAGACUCUGUCUCAAAAAAAAAAAAAAGAAAAGAAAAGAAAAAAGCUGGGCUGGGCGGUGCCUGUGGCUCAAGGAGUAGGGCGUCGGUCCCACAUGCCAGAGGUGGCAGGUUCAAACCUAGCCCCGGCCAAAAACCAAAAAAAAAAACAAAAGCUGGGCAAGGACUCAGCUCAAUGUCAGAGCACCUCUUUGCCCACCUUGAUCCCAGAUCAAACCCUUACCAAAGGCUUCCUCCAGGAGCUCCCCCACCCCCAAGCUGUGCCUAUCCAUGCCAGCCUACUCUGGCCUGUAAUGGCACAGGCAUGGUCAUUUCUUCUACCUGAGGGAAGCUCUGCUGGGGACUAGGUGACUCAGAACUGCACUUGGGAUCAAGUCUGUCAGUCCUUGAGCAGACAGGUGGAAGUGCUUCCUAGUGAAAUGAAAGCAGGGUGAGAUGGAUGAGAGGGGGUAAGGAAGCACAGAGAAAAGAAUCCUGAAUUCCAAGACAGGGGCGGAGAGGGGGGAGUGGGGAGGGACAAUCCUUCCUGCCUGAGAUCCUAGCAUGUUAUUAGCACUUAUCUUGCUGAAAAGCAGUGUCCCCAUCUGCAGGGUUGUGAAGACUGUUAUGAGCAGAUUUGUCCGUGUGCGUGCAAGGAGUAAGGAGGCAGCUGUGUGUCCCAGGGCAGUUUAUGGGCCCUGCCUGGUGGAACUAGGACUGCUGAGGGGAGGUGCUCCAAAGGACCAGCGGUGAUAGGCGGGGAUGGUGGCUAAAUCGCUGCCUAAGACACUUGACCCCAGGAAUUUGGGACUGGUCGCUGGGGGGCAGAGGGCUUCCCGGCAGUCCAGCCCCGCCGCACUCCGGAGUGGCCAGGGUGGGGGUGGAGGGGGAUAACUAGAGGAGUUGCCAUUUUUUUCAAUCCCUGGAAGGGCAGAUUUAGGGAGUCUAAGCCAUAAUCGAGACCAGGCCUUCCCAGCGAAAAUUGUCCGUUAGGAGGAUGCCUCUUAGGGAUUAGACUCACUCCGAGAUCGCUCUCCCGGCGCAGGGGCGGAGCUGAGCUCCAGAUGUCCUGGCGCACACAGCUGGAGGGUCACGUGGCACAGCCGGGUCCCCCUUCCUGCCAACGUUGCAUUUGGCCCAGGCCCCGUCCAUGGCCGCCCUUGGGACCCUGCGCUGAGCCCCGGAGGCCCCGCCAUCCGGGGCUGCGCCGCUCCCGAGGGCCGAGAGUGGGCACCGGCCACGCGGACAUGAGGCGGCGGCUUCGCUUACGGCGGGACGCGUUGCUCACGCUGCUCCUCAGCACCGCCCUUGGCCUCCUGCUCUACGCGCAGCGCGAUGGCGCGGCCCAGACGACGAGCUCGCCGCGCGCACGAGGGCGGGCGGCACCGAGACCCACCCUAGGGCCCCGCACGUUCCAGGUACGGGACCUGGGCGCAGCCCCUCCGGCCUAUGAAGAAGACACGCCGGCCCCGCCCACACCCACAGGCUCCUUUGACUUUGGCAGCUACUUGCGUGCUAAGGACCAGCGGCGCUUUCCGCUGCUUAUUAACCAGCCACGCAAGUGUCGAGGCGCCCAGCCUGACCUGCUCAUAGCUGUCAAAUCAGUGGCAGCAGACUUCGAGCGGCGCCAAGCCGUGCGCCAGACAUGGGGCGCUGAGGGUCGCGUGCAGGGGUCGCUCAUACGCCGAGUGUUCUUGCUAGGCGUGCCCAAGGGCGAGGGCACAGACCAGACAGUCACCAUGGGGGCGGGCAUACGAACACACUGGCACGACCUACUGCGUGCUGAGAGUCGAGCAUAUGAGGACAUCCUACUCUGGGCCUUCGACGACACUUUUUUCAACCUCACGCUCAAGGAAAUCCACUUUCUGGCCUGGGCCUCAGCCUUCUGCCCCGACGUGCGCUUCGUUUUCAAGGGCGAUGCUGAUGUGUUCGUGCACAUAGGGAACCUGCUCGAGUUCCUGGCACUGAGGGAUCCGGGUCAGGACUUGCUUGCUGGUGAUGUGAUUGUGCAGGCACGGCCCAUCCGUGCACGGGCCAGCAAGUACUACAUCCCUGAAGCUGUGUACGGCCUGCCAGCUUAUCCGGCCUAUGCUGGUGGCGGUGGCUUUGUGCUUUCAGGGGCCACGCUGCACCGCCUGGCCAGUGCCUGUGCGCAGGUUGAACUCUUCCCCAUCGAUGACGUCUUUCUAGGCAUGUGCCUGCAGCGCCUGCGGCUCACCCCCGAGCCUCACCCUGCUUUCCGCACCUUUGGCAUCUCCCAGCCUUCAGCCGCACCCCAUCUGCGUACCUUCGACCCCUGCUUUUACCGCGAGCUAGUUGUUGUGCAUGGACUCUCUGCUGCUGAUAUCUGGCUUAUGUGGCGUCUACUGCACGGGCCACAAGGACCAGCCUGUGCACAUUCACAGCCGGUUGCUGCAGGUCCCUUUCAAUGGGACUCGUAGCCCAUUGGAUCCAUCCCAGCCCAAGCUCCUCUCAAGACUAAGGAUGGGGCUGGGCACGGUGGCUCUCGCCUGUAAUCCCAGCACUCUGGGAGGCCGGAGGCGGGUGGAUUGCCUGAGCUCAGGUUUCCAGACCAGUCUGAGCAAGAGCAAGACCCCAUCUCUGAAAAUAGCUGGGCGAACUCAGGAGGCUGAGGCAAGAGAAUCAAUCACUUAAGUCCAAAAGUUUGAAGUUGGGAGAGUGACAAAGUGAGACUCUCUCUCAAAAAAAAAAGACAGACUGAGGGUGGAGUGGGAGAGACUUUGCAGGGAGUUCCCAGGUGGUUUACUGCAGUGUACAUGGUUCUUCCCCAGAUCUCCUGGUCUCUGCCUCCACAAGAUCCCAGGGAGUGGAGAUUGAACUUGCCUCCUGUGGGCCCAGCCUCCUGGGAGCCAAUCUGGAACCAGUAUAAGGGUGAUCCUUUGAAAUAGCCACGAGUGACGUGGUGGAGGACCUUCUCUUGUCCAACAGGCUCCAGGAUGGUAGACAUGUUUAGUUCUCCUAGUAGCAAAUGUGUGUUUUGGUGGGUGCCAGGGGUUCAUGGAAUCCUAGCACACUCCCUAGUUUAGAACCCCUAAAAUGACCAGACACAUGCAGGACUCUGCAAAGCCAGGCCUUAUAGGGUGGUAUGAAGGGGAGGCAUGGCUCUAGCCUUGACUGACCUGGCAGACUUUCUGCCACAGCUCAAUCUGAAAGUAGACAGAUUGCUUCCCACCUGCUCCUCUAAAAUUAGAUUCCCAGUCCUGCCCAGGUCUUUAGAUCUUGCCCCUUUGAAGUCUGCUUUCUUAAAGCCAACCUCUCCUGGGCUCAGGAGGAUAGAACUAUGUAUAGGGACACCCUCACAACCAUGCCAAUCUCUUACUGGAGGCUGUACCAUCCCCUUCAGAGGACCCAAGGAACACCUUCCCUAAGACCCCUCCACUACUAAUUUCCCUUUAUUCUUCAACAACUCCCUUCCUCCAAAAACUAACACACUUAUUUUUAGUACAAACAUCUCAGCAACAGCGUGUGGGGGCCAUUGCUGAGGGCACAGGUGCUUUAUUGGAGAGGGGAUGUGGGGAAUAAGGAAGGUUCCCCCAUUGCAGGAGGAUGGAAACAUUCCUGGCUGCUCCCAACAACAGGAUGUGUGGGGCUCUCUGGCCAGGUCAGUCCACAUGGGAAGACAUAAGUCAGUCAGAAAGUCACACAAGCCUGGCUAUAGGCCAAAGAGCCCAAAGCAGGUCCCCUGCACAUUCAUCAUUAAACUAUACAGGAUGAGGCUGUACAUAAGUUAAUUACAAAAGAGUCAUAUUUACAAAAAUCUGUACACACAUUUGAAAAACUCACAAAAUUGUCAUCUAUAUAUCACAAGUUGCUAGACCAAAAUAUUAAAAGUGGGAUAAAAUUAUCCAUUUCUCUUCUCAAUUCUUUUCAAAAGGACUAAUAUUUUUUAAAGCAUUUAUAUGCUACUUUCCAUUAGCAUGACCCAUGAAGAGACUGAGCAGCCCAGCCUUCCUUGAGCCCCCAGAGGCCGUGAGCCACGAAUGGGCCCAGCCAGGGGACAGUGCCCAGGGUUGGGGCAGGGAGCAGCCACAGUUCAGAACAGAAUGCUGUAACACAA